AUGUUGGUAGACUUAAUAAAGAAGAAUAACGAAGCGUUAGAAAGGAAUGCACAAGAAACGAGAGAGAGGGAAGAAAGGUUACGCAAAUCAUUAAAGGAAGAGUUACAAGAAAAUAGAGAAGAAGGAAGAAUAUUCAGAGCAGCAUUAGAGAAGAGUUCACAAGAAACAAGAGAAUCGUUAGAGAAGCGUUUACAAGAAACUAAUGCAUCGUUAGAAAGGAAUUCACAAGAAACGAGAGAAUCACUAAAGGAAGAUUUACAAGAGAUCAAAACAUCACAAAUGAAGAUGGAAGAUAAUUUGAAGAAGGAGAUGCAGGAGUUACAAGAACGACUGAAGAUGGACAUCGACGAAAGAGAGAGGAAGCUACAGAGGAACAUAAACCAAGUCCAGGGAGACGUGGAGAAGGUGGAAGAAAAGUUAACAAAAAAGAUAGAAGACGAUGUUGAAGAAACGAAAGCCGAGUUGGGAGAAAGAAUCAACAAAGUGGAAACAAAUUGCAAUCACCGAAUCGCCGAGGUGGCACAGAUGCAGAAACAAUGCAACGAGGCGGUUAAUGGGAUAGGAGAAAAGCAAAGACAAUGGGCAGUAAAUCUAAGAAAUGCUGUAGCCAUACAACUAAAAGAGGAUAAUAAGAGGGUGGAAAUGGAGGUCAAGCAGUUACAACAGGGAGUGCAGCAUUUGGAAAGCAAGACAGAGGAAAUUGAUAGACGAAUUAGCAAUGCCACCUUAGCCGUUGGGGAAGGGAUAGAUUGGUUAAAUGAAGUUGAUGCAGUAGUGAGUUUUGAUGAAGGUACUAUCAAAGUUAAAGGAAGAAAAGGCGAAGAAAAGAGGUUGAAAUUUGCUGAGGGAAAGGCGAUCGAGGAAGAGGAAGAAUUCAGAAGAAUAAAUUUAUGUCACGAAGAGGAAACCACCACGGGAUACGGGGAAGAGGAACCAGUAGCAGAAGUGUUGAUAUACCUUGAGGGACUAGCACGAGAAGAUAGACAUAAAGAGGACAAGAUCAGAAAAAAAUUGGAGGAAAUGACGCACCUAGAUGAGAGGGCUAAGAAGAAAUUAGCUGCAGUAUUAUACAAGAGAGGAUGCGUCGCGGACGGCGGCCCCAGCGAGCGCAAAGGAGACGCGCUGAUCGAAGCAGGCGAGCGACACUCGAUGUCCGCACAUGCUCAAGAGCCGGCGUCCGACCUUCUAAAUGAUGGCAGCGCGGCGCGCCGCUACUAG